AUGGUUGAUCAUUCACAUUCAUCAGGAGAUGAGGCUCCCCCUACCAGAUCCACUAGAGGACCCACUAGGAUGAAACAACUAUUGAUGAGGAAAUAUAGUGAUGAAAGAACUCCGGUGAAUGUGAAUGUCAUCACAGGUGUGGCAACUGGCCGUUAUGCAGAUGACUUCCGAUCAUACCUUGGAGUGGUGGCACGUGAUAAGAUUAACAUUCUCAUUCCAUCUUUUGAUCAUGUGUCCAAGGUUGAUCGGAACAUUAUAUGGAACGAUAUAUUGCUGACAUUUGACAUUCCAAAUGUCACAACACUUAGAAAUAAGUGUUUGUCAACUAUUGCUGAAAAUUUCAGAAACUUUAAAAGCAAGUUGACAUCAAGAUACAUCUAUGGACACCUUAAACAUAAGACUCCAUGUAGUGUAUAUAAGUCCAUUGAUGAGGAUACUUGGCGGCUUUUUAAAGAGAGUCGGAUGUCAGAGGAAUGGCAGGUUAGUAUAGUUGAUAUUAUUCAAUUCCUCAUUAACAAAUAUAUAUCAUAUGAACUAAUUAAUUAAUGUGUAUGUGACAGGCAAUUAGAAGCAAAUCACAAGGAAUAAGUGCUCACAACAAAAACCCCCACCUAUUAUCUCGUAGUGGGUAUAGGAAGCUUGAGGAGAAAAUCCUCAAGCAAAAGGCAGAUGCUAUACCACCAUCUCAGGGUGGUAGCCCUCCUCAACCUCCUUCUCCACCGUCUAGACAUGAGAAAUGGAAGUUGGCUCGUAUGCGACCAUCGGGCACCUAUUCUUCCGACACUGCACGAGAAAUUUCUG